AUGCGUUUAACUACUGAACAGAGACCAAAUGGAACACGUAGUAAAACUACCAAAAACCUUCUUUCCCAUCCCACGAGACGAAACGGAAUUGCUUCAAUCUCGUCUGGUCCCGGGAGCCUAAGUUUAAUUCAGACCAGAGUGUCAGAUGACAUCGGCUACGUGAUAUAUUCUGCACUGGGCAGCUUUUACAUCCCGUCCUGCAUCAUGGUGUUUGUUUACAUCAGGAUAUACUACGCUGCCAAAGCUAGGGCGAGACGAGGGAUCAGGAAGAAUCCAAGACCAAGAUCUAAUGACCAGCAAACAAGUUUCUCAAACGCGCCAAAGGGGUCGAACCCUAUGCCUUCUUCGUCUUUAACGAUGCCUGCGGGAGUUGACGGUAGUCAUUCUAAUAAUAAUAGGGAAACACAAAUAUCGACAAUAGAAACGCAGCAAGUUCCCAUACCUACAGUGACAUGCGAUUUUGCAUCUGACAUAUCCACUAGCGAGGCUGCCGACCAAGCUCCAACUCCUGAUGAUAGAAAGGAUACACUCAAGGUGGUUACAUCAGCUCAAGUAACGAGAAAUCCUUUAGCCGCGUGUGCCUAUAGACACUCAACUCUUUCCGUAAACGGUGAGCUUGCUCUACAAUCUCAACGUUGCCGUGCUGCCAGCGUCGCCAUAGACACCGACAUGGUCUCCGAACUGGAGCCUUCGUCAUCGGACUCAGGAGUUGCCACACGCUGUGCAGUGGUCAAACCACUCAAACUUCGAAUAUGUCAGCCUAUUUUUGGUAAAAAGUCUGACCGAAAACAAGAAAAGACGCUACCCUCAAAGUCAGAACUGGAACCAGCGUUACCGAAACAGCAUAAACCGAGGGAUCCUGAAAGGGAAAAGAGACGAUUAGCAAGGAAAAAAGAAAAACGAGCCACGUUGAUUCUAGGUCUAAUCAUGGGCAGUUUCAUUGCUUGUUGGCUGCCGUUUUUCUUUUUGUAUAUUUUGAAGGCUGCGUGUAGAUGGUGUGUUAUUCCCGGGAGUGCGUUCGCGAUCGCCUUCUGGUUAGGCUAUAUGAACUCAGUUUUAAAUCCUGUUAUCUAUACGAUAUUUAAUAAGGAUUUCCGAAGGGCGUUCAGGCGGAUACUGUUCAAGUGA